UUUGUUUCCUUAGCAACCGUAAAAUAAACACAGGCAAACGAGGACUGUUGCGAACUUCCUGGAGGGUCCAAUGCAUGUAUGACAGAAUGGGGAAAAAAGUAAAGAAGGAAGAUGAACCCCAACCCAAAAAUUCAUUUGAACCCCUGCCCAUUGAGAGCAAGAGCGCUGCAACAGUGAUUCUCAUGCUUCAGUCUCCUGAGGAAGAUGUGCUGGUCAAAGCGCUUGAAUCCAUCCGUAGAUUCGCAGAGAAAGGUGAUGAAAACAAGAGCUCUUUGAUGUCUUUGGGCGCAGUGGAACCACUCACUUGCCUAAUCAAACAUAAUGAUAAAGCUGUUUGCAGAAACGCCUUCGUAGCUCUGGGAGUCAUGAUUUCAGACAAUGAUGUCAAACGACUAAUCAAGAGACUAAAUAUUAUUCCGUCUAUCAUCGUCAAACUGGCACCAGAAGAAGACGUUAUCAUCCAUGAAUUCGCCACUCUGCUUUUGGCGCAUCUGUCUGUGGACAUCACAUGUCAGGUUCAGAUCUUUGAGAAUGAUGGACUGGAACCUCUGAUUCAUCUUCUCUCCAGCCCUGAUCCUGAUGUAAAGAAAAAUUCUGUCGAAUGCAUCUAUAAUCUUGUUCAGGAAUGUUCUAGUCAGGUGGCAGUGCACAAGUUGAAUGGACUCCCCCCACUACUGGAGCUGCUGAGCUCUGAAUUUCCCGUCAUUCAGCAGUUGGCUCUGCGCACUCUAGAGUGCAUCAGUACAGACAGAGACACUCGCAUCGCAUUCAGAGAACAGCAAGGAUUUCCUCGACUCAUGGAAGUCCUAGAGAAUAAAGAGUUUACUGACCUGCAUGUGGAUGCUCUCAAAGUCAUCUCAAACUAUAUAGAGGAUGCUGAAUCCAUGCAACUUAUUCAGGGGAAUGGAGGCCUGGAGAAAUUGCUGCAGUUUAUCAUUACACCAGCCACUCAUGACAUUCAAGCUAGCGCGCUUAAAGCUAUCAGCAGAGCUGCACAGCGUGGUGAAAAUCGAAAGAUCCUGCAUGAGCAAAAUGUUGAAAAGGCCAUCACUGAAUCACUUGCGGUGGAGAGUGACAGCGUACGUACUGCUGCAUGCCAAGCUGUGUCGACAAUGUGCAAGGACCUGAGCAGCAAAGACACUUUCAGAGAAUUCGAUGGGAUCAUGUCUAUUGUGCAGCUGCUGAACACUAGAACUGAAGGAAAUGAGUUAAAAGAGGUUGCAUCAGAAGCAUUAUCACACCUUACCCAAGGAAACCAACUGAACGCAUAUGCUGUUUAUGAAGCGGAAGGGGACAAACUUCUUAUUCAGGUCCUACAGAAUGGCUCUCUCGCAGCAUUAAAGCAUGCAGCGGCUGUUCUAAACAACAUGGCUUCACAGGAAGUGCUUCGCUGUAGCAUUCACUCUCAUGGCGCUAUGCAGGCCCUGCUGAGACCCCUCCACUGCCAUGAUAAACCCACGCUCAUGAGCGCCCUCCAUGCUGUAGCUGCACUCGCUUGUGAUGCAGAAGGAAGGGCUGAGUUAAGAAAUGCUGGAGGUCUGAAACAAUUGGUUAACCUGCUGGCAUCAAAGGACGCUGAAAUCCGUCGAAAUGCAUGCUGGGCAGUUACUGUGUGUGCUAAUGAUGAACCAACAGCCACUGAAAUGUACAGAUUUGGGGCUUUGGAGAUUCUCCAGGAGAUCAACUGCUCACUGACCCGUAAGAAUAAGUUCAGUGGGGUAGCCCUGGAGAAGCUGUUGAAUAGUAACCUCUCGGUGAAAUACAGCCUUACAGGACAUCUCCUGUCCACUGAUAUCACUACUGAUGGCUUCUAUGAUCCAGGACAGACCAGACAAGGUCACAGGGUUCCUGAUCUUGAAGAUAUUGCAAAGCAGGUUAUCAACCAGCAGCGAGCCAUCAUUGUAGUUAAUGGAAAACCUCCAGCUAAGAUGGUUACUGAUUCACCAGAGAAGGGGCAGCAGGAGAUUCCUACAGAAACUCACACCUCACCUUUACUGAGCAGGAAAGGAAGCAUCAGAGCUGUUAGUAAAUCAAAAGGCAAAGUAUUGCCCGAGGACGAGAAACCGAGAAAUGAUGAUCAGCAACCCCAGCAGGAAGCGGUAGUAGAGAAGCCAUGGACAUUGCCAUAUGAUCCUCAGCUCAACAGUCUCGUCUCAGAGACAUUCAAAUCCAUCUUGCCCUUACAAGACGAGGCGGAAGUGUACAUUGCUCUGGCUAAGUUGGUAUGUGAUGCAAUGGGGGGGCCGGUAGAUAUUGAGAAACAACAUGAUUUCCUUUGGGAGCUUCACCUGAGUGAGCUGAAGGUUGAGAUGCAGUCAAACAUCAUUCCCAUUGGCAAGAUCAAAAAGGGAACGUACUACCACAGAGCGCUACUCUUCAAGGUUUUGGCUGACAGAAUUGGCUUGAGCUGCAGUUUGGAGAGAGGACACUACAGUCGUGCAUGGAAUGAAGUUCGGCUUCCCUUAACCACCACAAGAGCUGGAUUUUGCCCUUCACUUCAGACUUACAUCAUAGAUCUCAUGCACAAACCAGGAACCCUUAUGAAGUCUGGCACACCUGCUGCCAUACAGUACCAGACAAUCUAAAAAAACACAUUAGUUUAAAGGUUACAGCUUUCCUUUAGCACUUGCUGGUCUAUACUCCAUCCAUGUACUCGUGACUUUAAGAUAAUCCUGAUUAAUCAACCAUUAAUUCUCCUCCUGGAUUAUGAUAUGUUGUUAUAACCUGUAUGAUCCUGUAUUUCUGGCAGGGAUAACCCCUGAAGAGUGUCUCGUGCCCAUGGACACAUUGGGUUUCAUUUUUGUAUUUGAACUUAAUUUCCCAGGGUUCACUGCGCUAGAGUCAUGUCAGUUAUUUUCACCUGUAACUAGUAAGGUUCCCUGUUUAGUGUCAUUAUCUUGACUUUAAACUCCCUUGGUAUCUAGCACCCUUGGUUAGUUAGUGACAGAAUGCGAGACCUACAUUGAGGCAUAGGGAAUGAGUCUCCUCUAACACCCUUUUGCAGUGGACUUUGCAGACAUCUGCCUCACCAUCCGGUGCCAAAAAGUAAUGUGGAGCGCAUAGGAUAGAGAAGUGAGAUCCACCAUGGUGACCCGGAGAGAGACUGGGAGAGAUGAGUGAGCAAUGCAGCAGAGCUCUGAGCAGGUUCUCGCCUUGCAAUAAAAUGUGUGCCUCUUAAAACUGUGUUCAUGGUAAGGUGGCUCCCUGUAACGACUGCAAGAAAGGGACUAAGGAGUCUGAGCGCAACAGUGUCCAGCCUGAGAAGAACCCAGUACUAAGUAGUGACUGAGGGCAGAUCGUGAGAACCAUUGGCAGUGGCUGUGUGCCAUUCUCAGCUAUGUGCUAGGGAGGUGCUUCUGGAUUAGAGAGUGGUGCUCUUCUUAUCGUGCUUGCGCUGCCACCAGGAUUUUAGCAUUUUUUGUGUUUGUGUUUGUUUCCUCCCCUGCUCGGGUUCGAAGACUUUGUGUUUGCUCCAUCACCCAAAUUUGUAGAGAUUGUGUUUGGUCCGUCAUCUAUAUUUGAGGACUUUCAAGUUCCAAUUCCAGUCUUAAUCUUAUGCUUCCCUUUAGACCACAGAUACCAUUCCAAGCCCUCACCCCAAUGCCCUGUACUUCAGCCUUUGGCUCUGGAAAAACUUUUUCGGGGGAAUGUCCUGAACCACUGGUGGCGCUCCAAAAUAGCACCCUUUGUGAGGGAUAUCCUCUGGAGGACACCUUGCACCCAUGGACUCUUUGUGCUUCAUAUUUGCAUUUGGACUUUAUUUCCCAGGUUGCACUGCACUAGAGUCAUGUCAGUUGUUUUUACCUGCACCUAGUUGAGUUCCCUGAUUAGUGUCAUUAUUUAAGCUCCCAACUGUUAGGUUUUGUUUCUUUUCUCUUCAUCACUGUUUGGUUUAUUGAUGUCUAGGUAAUCUAUGUACUUGUUCAUAUUUGUUUACAUUAAUUGAUUAAAUGUCUUAAGAACUCUAACAAUUUUACUAUGAUGGUGACAUAACUGAAAUAAAAAUCUUCUA